AUGGAUCGCAAACAAUCAAGUCCCAUGAUGCCCGCCUUCAUGGUCUCAGCGCCUGGCAAGGUCAUUGUUUUUGGUGAGCACGCUGUCGUUCACGGCAAGGCCGCAAUCGCCGCAGCUAUCUCCCUACGAUCGUAUCUCCUUGUCACAUCGCUAUCUAAAUCCAGGAGAACUGUCUCCUUGCGCUUCCCAGACAUCGACUUGCACCACACGUGGAACAUUGACGACCUCCCGUGGGCGGCGUUCCAGCACCCCUCCAAGAAGAAGUCGUACUAUGACUUGGUUACGGAGCUCGAUCAAGACCUUGUCGCAGCCAUUCAGCCACAUCUGAACGAGGUCUCACCACACAAGCCCGACGAUGUGCGGAAAGUGCAUCAAAACUCGGCCUCCGCGUUCCUCUACAUCUUCCUGGCUCUCGGCGACCGAUCGUUUACAGGCUGCUUGUAUACUCUGAGAUCAACAAUUCCCAUCGGCGCAGGCUUGGGUAGCAGCGCUUCCAUUGCGGUGUGCCUGGCGGCCGCUCUUCUCUUGCAAUUGCGUACCUUGUCGGGCCCACAUCCCGACCAACCUCCUGAUGAGGCUAGGUUGCAAGUGGAGAGAAUCAACAGAUGGGCUUUCGUGUGCGAGAUGUGCAUACACGGAAACCCCUCAGGCGUGGACAAUACUGUUGCGACCCAAGGCAAGGCCGUGGUCUUCCAGCGCACAGAUUACAACAAGCCUCCAGCAGUGCGCCCACUGUGGGAUUUCCCUGAGCUACCGCUUCUGUUGGUCGAUACCAAGCAGGCUAAGUCAACUGCUUUUGAGGUCGCCAAGGUCGCCAAGUUGAAGAGCGGCCACCCGAAAUUGGUCGGAAGCAUUUUGGACGCCAUCGAUAAGGUGACGAAUACGGCAGACGGCCUUAUCGGCGAUGAGAAGUUCGACAACAAGAGUGAGGAAAGCUUGCAACAGGUCGGAGAACUCAUGACCAUCAAUCAUGGACUUCUCGUCUCUUUGGGCGUAUCACACCCUCGCCUCGAGCGGAUAAGAGAGCUUGUCGACCACGAAGGCAUUGGCUGGACGAAGUUGACUGGUGCUGGCGGUGGCGGUUGCUCUAUCACAUUGCUGAAGCCCGAUGUGCCGAAGGACAAGCUCGUGCGGCUUGAGACUCAACUCGAGGACGAAGGCUACGAAAAGUUUGAGACAACUCUCGGCGGCGAUGGCGUUGGCGUGCUCUGGCCUGCUGUUCUCAAGAACGGGGUGGAAGACAACGAAGGUGGUAUGGAGAUCGACCUGGACAGCUUCUUGAAUGCCGAUGGUAACGAGGGCGUUGAGAAGCUGGUAGGCGUCCACGGUGGUGCAGGUGAGAGGGAGGGCUGGAAGUUCUGGAGGGUCGAGAGUCGGUAA